CGCGGCAACGAGACUCGUCGACGUCGUUGUUUGUCCAGUAUUUUAUUUUUUUUUUUCAUCUCGGCUUGUUCAACACGAAAAGGAUCACACGCACGCAUACAAUUUCUACGUACUUGUUGACGAAAAAAAAAAAAAAAAGGGAAUUGAAGUGUCUAAUUGACAGUGGAUGUAAAAAAAACGAAUCAUUUCGGCUCGCGUUUUUUUUUUUAGGGGACUUUGUUUGAAAUGAGUUUUGAAACAAAUUCGAACAAAUCAAGAUUACCAAGCUGAGUGAACAAAGAGUUAAUUUUUUUGCGAUCCGAACGGAGGUUAAAAAAGAAAGAGAAAAUGUCGGAUGAAGCGCAAAACAUGUCGGACAUUAACUGGCACGGCUUAGACAUUUAUCCGCUGGAUGUGUCCACGGAGGAUGAAUUGGUUAACAUCAACACCAGCAGCAACCGUUCUCCAAGUCCGAUCGAAUCGUUGUUAGGUGAAUUGUCGGGUUCUCAUUCGCUGAUUUUCAUGGAGAACGCCGAAGAAAUGUUGCUGCCGUGGAAGAACAAUCCCAAUUUCGUGCCGAUUGUUCUGACACAUGUCAUCACUUUCGUGAUCGGUCUUGCCGGCAACAUUGUCGUCAUUAGUACGAUGAGUCGCGGCCAUGGGGAACGCUCCGUUACCAGCAUGUUUCUGGUGAGCUUAGCGGUGGCUGAUCUUCUUUUGGUAGCUGUGAGCGCUCCGCUGGAGACCAUGGGCUACUUUCUGAAUCCGUGGACUAAAGGCGGCCGACUCUGUCAACUCCAGUACUACGUGGAAAUGUUGUCAGCUGUCGCUUCCGUCCUCAAUCUCACAGCAGUCAGCUUAGAAAGGUACUUAGUGAUUGUAUACCCAAUGAAGUCACGAUCAUUUUGUACGCUGCACAACUGCCGAAGAGCUUUAAUUGCAGUCUGGAUUUUUGCCCUUUUACUUACAGCUCCGUCCGUUUGGGCCCGAGACAGUGUCACAUACAUCUAUUAUAACAACAAGACAUCUGUUGCCGUUCACUAUUGUAUGGAUACAGGAGAUAUCGGUCAGGAUCAAGGUUUAGGUGCUUACAGCGGUUUCGUCAUCGCUCUCUACCAGCUCCUCAUCAUGCUCGUUCUCCCGCUGCUCCUCAUGAUUAUCUGCUAUUCACGAGUCAUUCAGGAGCUAUGGCUUUCGACAAAGCAAAUCACGGCCAUGACACGCGAAUGCAACAGUGGCUCACCGCGCCGUCUUGACGUACAAAAUGUUCAAACCGGAUGGGGAUCCAAUCAUGGCCCAGGACUUAACACUGUCACAGGCCGGCUUAGUCACAUGCAGUCUCACCACCAAGAGCCUCAUCACGUUCGUAAACCGACUAAUAAGUAUGGCCAUGCACGCAGCGGUGACGGUGCAAAACAAGCCCGUAAACAGGUCAUCAAGAUGCUGAUAUUGGUCGUUUUGUUGUUCCUCGUUUGCUGGGGACCAAGGCUAUUACUGAAUGUAAUAAUCAAGUGGGGCCUGCCCAGCUAUGACCACACGGUUUACCAAUUACGUUUUGUUUUCUAUUUGCUGCCGUUUGUUCACAGUUGCAUCAAUCCUGUUAUAUACGGGUUCAUGUCAACCAACUUUCGGCGCAUGAUGGUUCGAUCUUGCACUCGGAGACGGAGAUUCUCGCAAAUUUGUUGCUGUUUCGUCCGUUGCUGCGAAGACGAAGACGCCCACAAUGCUAGACCCAACUCUGUUAUGUUUGAAAUGAGUAACGGAACUGGGCUGCGGAGACAUGGUACGCUCGGGCACACGUCAGCUUACUGCGUCUCAAUAGCUACGACCGAAGCGACCUUGGCCACGGCUGUUCCACGCGGCUCCUUAUAUCAAGAACGACCAGGUCUUUUUACUGCAGACGACAUGUAAAACAGGCCUAGAUACAAACCUUUUUGGUUGUGCUACAGAUGAUCUCAAGACAAUGGGGAAGUUUGACAAUGCAACCAUAUGCAGUGUCGCCAUUACCUGCAACAAAACAUGUUAUUUGACGUAAGGAACUACCUAAAUAUCGUUUAUGUUUUAAUGUGCUAUUCCGUCGUUUUUUACGGUGUUUCAACUGCACUUAGCUCAUCUCAUUGUAUGGUGGUGAGCCAAAUCAAUACACACGA